UCAUAGAUAAAUAAACAUUGAUCCACAACCAAUAGAAAAAAGCAAAAUUAUAUUAUUUUCAUAGGAAAAUGGAUAAAGCAUGCAAUCAUUUUCAACCAUAAGAUCCGAUAAUCAAUCUUCUAUUAACAGUGGAGAUCACUACUUCAACCUCAUCGAUCAACUAACUAUAUUUAACAUUCGUUGAUUUUGUUGUGAUAUAUUUUAAAUGGCGGAGGAUGCAGCUGGGAGAUUGAUCGGCACGGUGAAAUGGUUCAGCGGGCAGAAGGGAUUCGGUUUCGUCUCUCCGGAUGAAGGCGGCGACGAUCUGUUUGUGCAUCAAACGGAGAUCCAAUCUGAGGGUUUUCGGACUCUCCGCGAGGGGCAACGGGUCGAGUUCAAGGUGGAUAGCAGGGAAGACGGCCGGAGCAAAGCUGUCGAAGUUGUCAUUCUCGCUAGGAGUUUCAAUUCCGGCGGAAGACGCGGCGGGUUUCGCGGCGGCGGUGGUGGUGGUGGUGGUUAUGGAAGGGGCGAGGGCGGCGAUGAUGGUUACGGAAGGGGGGAGGGCGGGGAUGGUUAUGGAAGGGGGGAGGGCGGCGGUGGAGGUAGAGGCGGGAGAUUCGGCGGCGGCGGCGGCGGCGGCCGUGGGGGUGAUGGAGUGGAGUGCUACAAUUGUGGGCGGAUAGGGCACUUGGCUAGGGUUUGCUAUCGCGGCAGUGGUGAAGAUGGUGGUUACCGUGGGGGAUACGGACGUCGUGGCGGUGCUGGCGGCAGAGGCCGCGGCGGCGGCGGCGGCGCAGGAGGCGGAAGAGAGUGUUACAGUUGUGGAGAAGAGGGCCACUUUGCAAGAGACUGCCAGGUUGAGCAGAGCUGAUCAUCACAAAUCAUAAUAAAUACAUGUACAAAACAAUAAUUUGCUUACAUAAUGUUCAAUUCGGUUUCCUUUUUUUUUUUUUUUU